AGUCAAUGUGAUAAAAUUCUUUUUAGAUGAAAACACUAUAAUGGAUUGCCUACCCCACAAGAUGAAAACGGACAUUGCUAUAAACGUUCAUAUCCAAACUCUGAGCAAAGUCAAAUUGUUUGCUGAUUGCGACGAAGCUCUUCUUAGAGAACUGGUGCUGCAAUUGAAAUCUGUACUGUACUUGCCCUCAGAUAUCAUUUGCAAAAAAGGAGAUGUUGGGAAGGAAAUGUAUAUAGUGCAGUCAGGAAAAGUUCAGGUAAUAGGUCCAAAUGAUAACGAAGUCCUUGCCACAUUAUCAGAGGGAUCUGUUUUUGGAGAAAUAAGUCUUUUGGGAAUACCGGGAAUGAAUAGAAGAACCGCAGAUGUAAGGUCUCAAGGAUACUCAAACCUAUUUGUCUUGAGUAAAGCUGAUCUUAACGAGGCUCUAGCUCACUAUCCUGAAGCUCAAGAAUUGCUCAACAAAAAAGCAAAAUCGCUCAUGCGAAAGAACGCUGAUUUGGAAAGAAAACACAAAGCAAUGAUUGUUAUUAAUAACCCCACAUCUCCAGAAAAGCAGACAAAGUUUUUGAACACAGUCCUUCAGGUGUUGCCUCCUGGUUCAGCUACAAACCGACUUUUGCGUUUCGGAAGUAGAGGAAAACCCUCGACGAAUCCAGAAUACGACAGAUUCAAAUACAGAAAUAGCUUACCAAUAAUAAAAGCGAGGUAUGGUAGUUUCGACAAUUAUUUUGAAGGCAACGUAACUGUCCACCGCACUAUGACUUGAAUGUCAAUAUAUUCAACUGGCAUGAAAAGCUUUAAAAUAGGUCCAUUUUGACUUUAUUCUUUGCAGAAUUGAUAAGGAUAUAUAUCUUACUUAAUGAAAUCAAAAUGGAGAAUACUCGAAUGAUAUAAAGAUGUGAUAUUGGUAACAAAACAUAUAUAUGUGUUACUUAUUAUAGUUACAUAAAUGUUAUAGAUAUGAAUAGAAAUAUACAAUAAUAUUUUACCAUACU